CACCGACGCAGUCACGGGCGCGGUCCCGCUUACAUCCGGGCCCUGGCCAAGUCCCAAAGGCUCGCGAGCGGCACACCAGCGAGGAGAGAAGCCGCCCGCGAAGAGAGAGAGAGAGAGAGAGGGCGAGAGGGGCGGAGGAGAGAGAAACCCCUAGUCUCCAGCCGCCUCGCCUCCCCCCAUCGCCGCCUCAGCCUCCGCCUCGGCGCGGGGCGAGGAGGAGGAGGAGAGAGGAAGCCCUAGAAGGUUCGCGCCGCGGACGGCGGCGCUUGCGCCUGCGCCAGGCCACGAGAUCUCGUGGCAGCGCCGCCGGCUGGUGUAUCGGGGUGCAGCGGCUGGCGGGCGCUGGGCGGUGCUGGUUCUCGGUGAGUCCGCUCGAUCCCCUCGCCGCGGGAGCUUUCGCUCGAGCUUCCCCGCCCCCUCGAAUCGAGGGUUCUGGUUAGGGGGUCGCCUCCUGCUCCCCCGGCGACCGCGGAAUAAGCUAGCCCCCCCUCUCGUGUCUCGCCUCGGGGGGGCUUAGGGUUAGGUUCUUAUCCGGAAUUGCGGGCGAAAUUCCACGGCCAAGGCGGCGCAUUGCUACCCGGGAGGAGGAGGCUACGCAGUGUGUCUCCGCAGCCGCAGCCAGCAAUGAUGGGGAAGACGAAUAGGUUCUCCAAGGGCCACCAGCUCGGCUUCGUGCCUGACUACCGGCAUGGCGUGGAGGCUAUGGGGGAGUCCAAGGGGCUCGGGAGCCCCCCGAGGAUCGACUCGGGGAGCUCCUGCGCGCCGCCCAAGAGGAAGUGCGUCAGUGUGAAUUCAGAGGAGGGGGAAGGCGCCUCGGGGUUCAGCAUGCCUCGGGCCCGGGAGGUGUUCUCGCUGCCCAGGAUGACUCGUCUGGACAAGAAGGACCUAGAGAUGAAGCUCCGCCAUGAGCUUGCACAGGUGAGGGACGUCCAGAGUAGGCUGUUUCUGAGAGGGUCUGCGGUCAGCAUGAAUGGUGCAGCGGUCGCGUCGGUCCCCGCAGGCGAUGUGCAACCCAAGAAAAAGGUUGAGAAGCUCAAGCGGAGCGAUUCGGUGCAAACGGACAGGGGAGCGCCGCCACCAGCGGCCACGGUCGUCGCCGCACCUGUUGCUAGCUCUGUUAACUACACAUCAUCGUUUAAACAAUGUGCCAACCUUCUCAAGUCCAUUAUGAGCCAUGUAUGGGCAGGCCCGUUUCUUGUUCCGGUUGAUAUUGUGAAGUUGAACAUACCUGACUAUUUCCAAAUAGUCAAGCAGCCCAUGGAUUUGGGUACGAUCCAGAAAAAGUUGAAGGCAGGGAUGUACUCUACACCUCGGGAAUUUGCAGCUGAUGUGAGGCUCACUUUCAGCAAUGCCAUGAAUUAUAACCCAGUCAAUAAUGAUGUUCAUUUAAUGGCCAAAACUUUGAGCAAGAACUUUGAAACUCGAUGGAAGCUUAUUGAGAAGAAGCUCCCUAAACCAGACGAUAAGCCUCAACCAGUUGAGAAGCCUCCUGUGAGGGAGCCUACAGAAAAGAAUUCAACUAAGGGAGUUGCCGUUGAGAAAGAAGACAUCACCAAGAAAAAACCCUCAAAGAAGAGUGUACCUAAGCAAGACAUAUUUCAGGAAGGAUAUUCAGCGGACAAUCCAGUUUUGCAACCAAAGAAAAGGAAAACAUCUCCUUUGAUACAAGAUGCUUCUUUGGUAGAGGAUGUUGUUCCAACCGGAAAGAGAAUGAUGACGAGUGAGCAAAAAUAUGAUAUUAGUGCAAGAUUACAAUCAUUUGGUGCAUUCAUUCCAGACCAUGUAGUUGAGUUCAUAAGGAGUCGCGUUGAUGAUUGCGAUGCUGAUGAAGAGGAAAUGGAGCUUGAUAUUGAUGUUCUUGGAGAUGAUACUCUUUUUGAAUUACAGCAGCUACUUGAUGACUAUGACAGGGUUAAUCCGUCGAGAAACCUUACAAAAGAGGACCCUCACGAAGCUGAGUCUCGGAGUCAAUAUGAACUCAUCAAUCCAUCAGUGUGUAACGAUGGCAAUGAGCUCAUUGACGAGGAUGUUGAUAUUGGGGAGAAUGACCCCCCAAUUUUGGCUCUUCCUCCUGUGGUACUUGAAGAUGAAACAGCAGACAGAAACAGCAAGCAUAGUACAUCCAGCAGUUCUAGUAGUGACUCAGAAUCAUCCUCUAGUGACUCAGAUUCAAGUAGCUCUUCUGGAAGUGAUGCCGAUGCCAAAGCUCCUCAACAAAACAGCGGGUCAAAGGAAAAAGUUCUACCUGUCGAUGGCGUGGAUCAGGAAAAGGAUUCACUGAGCACAUUAAAUUUACCAGAGCAAAGUACAAACCCUAUAUCUGUUUCUGCUGAUGGUGAGGGGGGAAAUGUAUCUGAGAAGCAGGUCUCCCCUGACAAGCAAAUACGAGCUGCCCUUCUGAGAAGCCGCUUUGCUGAUACGAUCCUUAAGGCUCGUGAAAAGGCCCUUGAUCAGACUACAAAGAAGGACCCCGAGAAGCUUCGACGCGAAAGGGAGGAACUUGAGAGGGUACAAAGAGAAGAGAGAGCUCGGUUGCAAGCUGAGGCUAAAGCUGCAGAGGACGUUCGCAAGAGGGCUGAAGCAGCAGCAGCUGCUGAGGCUGCUGCUGAAGCUAAGCGACAAAGAGAACUUGAGAGAGAAGCAGCUCGCAAAGCUUUGCAAGAGAUGGAGAAAACUGUUGACAUCAAUGAAGGGAGCCAUUUUUUGAAAGAUCUUGAAAUGCUCGGAAGUGUCACAGGUGAACAGAUACCCAACUUGGUUGGUGAAACAAGUCCUGGGUUUCAAAUGGGAAGCAACACACUAGAAAAGCUCGGGCUGUACAUGAAAAACGAUGAGGAUGAUGAGGAUGGUGAUUUCACAGAUGAACCAGUGGCUGAUGUUGAAGAGGGAGAAAUAGAUUAACUGUGUUUCUGGACCAUUUUUGAUACGUUACAGGAGACCUGUUGGCAUGACUGAUCUGCAUAGCUUUCCUUUGGUAUACAAAGUGACCUGACGAAAGAUCGUGUCGCAUCGAACCUGAAGGUCUGGUAUUCAUUUUUGUAACUGCCUAAGUUUUGGAGCCAAGUUGGCAAAUGACAGCGAGCCUCAGACAUGUUGGAAGUUCGUCGUGCUGCAUGUGAGGAGAGCAUCGAGCGUGCGUAUCGUUUGGAUUGAGAAUUCUCUCUGGACUUUCCAUAUCCAUACAAUGGAACGGCGAGUUUAUUGCAUAUAUGAUGAGGCCAUAAAAGGGGAGAGGGUUGGAGGAGGGACCACAAGGAGUGAUGGUGAUGGUUCUUGGCUCUUGCACAGGUGCGAGCCGUUUUUGAGGGGUAGUUUUAGAGCCAUUUCCGUGUUGUGAAUGUAACAUCGGAAACUGUACAAAAGUUAGCCUGAUAGAUGGAAAACAUUGACUUGAAUUUAUGCAGUGCCUGUUCUUCAUCGAUCACUUUUUUACGUACUUGUUUUCA